CGCCUCCUCUGCUGCUUCCCCUCUCCUCUCCACCCAUCCUAGAGGACAGAGCGAUGCGGAGACAAUAGGACGCAGAGCCGGAGGAGUGUGCAGGAUGCUCGGCGCCACAUCCACCGACACACGGCUGCAGGAGAUUGGGCGUUACUCCCAACUCACCUGGCCUUAGCAUGCUCCCAGACCCCCCCCCCGUGUGUUGGACUGACAGUGCGGACUCCACAGCCUCCAUAUGGGUACCAAUUGAAGGUGACACCAGCUGUUAGCUGUCCCACCUGAGCGUCUUUUUCCCAGUGUUUUCCUCCUGGUCCGUCCCCUAAAGCAGUCCCAAGCAUGAGUUCUUCACCGCUGGUGUCUCGAGCCAACAUGGACAUCCUGGACGAGCUGCAGCUGAUCGCGGCCCAGAACCUGGAGAGGCUGGAGGUGAACAAGUACUACGAGGUGAUCAGGGAGCUGGGCAAGGGCACCUACGGCAAGGUGGAUCUGGUCAUUCACAAGAUCAGAGGUACAAAAAUGGCACUGAAGUUCCUGAAGAAGAAGACAACGAAGCUGAAGUCGUUCCUGCGGGAGUACAGCAUCUCCCUCUACCUGUCCCCCUGCCCGUUCAUCAUCAACAUGUUCGGCAUCGCUUUUGAGACAGACGACUACUAUGUGUUCGCGCAGGAGUACGCCCUGGCGGGGGACCUUUUCGAUAUCAUUCCUCCACAGGUUGGUCUUCCUGAGGCAGUGGCAAAGCGCUGUGUGCACCAAGUAGCCAUCGCUCUGGACUACCUGCACUGUAAGAAGCUGGUCCACAGGGACAUAAAGCCCGAAAACAUCCUCAUUUUUGACCGAGAGUGCCGCAAAGUGAAGCUGUCUGAUUUCGGCAUGACCCGCCGGGCUGGCUCACCUGUGAAGAGAGUGAGCGGCACCAUUCCCUACACUGCCCCGGAGCUCUGUGACGUGUCCCGCCACGAGGGUUUCUGCGUGGACUACAGCACCGAUGUCUGGGCCUUCGGUGUGCUGCUCUUCUGCAUGCUGACUGGCAACUUCCCCUGGGAGAAGGCGCUGCCCUCAGACUCCUUCUACCAGGAGUUCAUCCGCUGGCAGAGGAGGAGGACAAACACGGUGCCGUCCCAGUGGAGACGCUUCACCGAGCAGGCGCUCCGCAUGUUUCGGCGGCUGCUCUCCGUGGAACAGGACCGCCGCUGCUCCGUCAAAGAGGUUUUCGGGUACUUCAGCCACUCUUGGAUGCUGGACGCGGAGAACAACACCAACAACGGCAAUGGCAACAGCAACGGCGGAGGUGGUGGAGAGAGGGUGGGCGGUGGAGGAGGUGGAGGAGGGGUGCGGGGAGAGGGCGAUGGCACCAUCUCGUCAUCGUCAUCCGGGGAGGAAGACGAGGAGCUCCUUGUGGAGAAAAUGAAGCAGCAGACUUUAUCUCCUCUCUCUCCCAUGUCUCCGGUGGCAGUGGAGAGGGGGAGCGGGGGCGGGGCUAAAGGCGGCAUGAUGGAACCAGGCGGUGGCCACCAUUUUGUGUCCGUCUCCACCAACAGCUCUGUGUCCUCCACCAACAGCUACGACCGAAUGCCGCGAGAAAACAGUUCCCCGGGCGGCCGCAUGCUGGUGGCCACGCCCAUUGAAAUCUGCGUCUGAGCGCGUCAGAACGUCGACGUUUUCACAGAUCCACGUACAUACACACUUUUAUACCUCUCAUCCAAACACAUAGAUGUGCAUGCAUGGAAAAAAAUAACAAGCUGAUAGUGAGUACAUGAUGACAUGUAUCCUGUUAUAAAUAUCUUGGGAAAGGAACAGCACACGAAAGACUUAACAGAGAGUAUUUGUAGAAUGAGUACAUUUUGCAUGAGGUAGGGUUUUUGGUCCAACUGGAGUCAAAAGACUCCCCGAGAAGCCCCAUUUACACUUGGAUUUCAGUGGCAGUUUCGUGAAACCCAGAGGAAAAAAAUGAAAAAUUACUACCAAUAGAGAUUCUGUCCGUAAAACCAUCCGAAAAGAAGACCAAAAUUUCUUUCUUAAAGCAAUACUUUCAGCAAAAAAAGGCAAAUAGAGACAAAAGUGGCCGAGUACUGCGUGUAUCUCUCGUACAUCAGAAGCCAAGGGACAAAGGAUUUUUUUUUUUUUUUUAUGAGAGGACUAAAACGGAGCUCAAGGAAAAAAUUUGUACGAAAAAAACAGACAAGCAGUGGUUUUAAGUGUUUCACUCGUGUGAGAAAAAAAAUGUGAAAGUGCGAGUGUGUCGUGUGGUGUUCUGUGUGUUUGAAUCCAAAAGAAGUGGAUUUAUUUUGCUUU